GAAGAACAGGAUUAUUCUAAGUGUUACCACUACCACUGUUGGUAACACAGCGUCUAAUUGUUGAAGAGUAAGUGAACUAGAUAAGGAAGAUCAACGACAGACAUGGAGAAUACAGUUUUAUUCCUGCUCACCUUGUUUAUUUUACUUGUUACGGUUUUGACGAAGGAAAUAGAUAGCAAGCAAGACCUUCAGCAGGAAGAAUCUGUGCGUCUUCCAGCGGAGCACAGAGCUUACCCUGGCGGCGAAGGGCCUGUAGUUGGAAGCGGUUCUUACGUUGGACCAGGAUUGAGCUCGGUUCCUGGGGUCGGAGACUCACAUGAUUAUUGGCCCACUGGGAGACCAGAUAUGCCACAGAUUAAAAACUUGAACGUUAAAUGUGAGAAAAACCACAUGAAAGUAAGCAUGGAAUUCGACCGUCCCUUUUUUGGCAUGAUCUUUAGUAAAGGUCACUAUAGUGACCACAAUUGUGUCCACUUACCACCAGGAACUGGCCAUGCCCUUGUUAACUUUCAAAUCUUCCUUGGAAAAUGUGGCAUGUCCAGUAGUCAGCAACAGAAUGGUGUGGGAGGUUAUGGAGGUGGACAGGGUGGUUAUGGUGAUGGGCUCUUCAUUGAAAACACUAUAAUCAUACAGUACGAUCCUCAACUCCAAGAAAUUUGGGACCAGGCCCGCAGACUCCGUUGUACUUGGUAUGACUUUUAUGAAAAGGCUGUAACUUUCAGACCAUUCAACGUAGACAUGCUUGAUGCUGUGACUGCCAACUUUUUAGGAGACAAUAUUCAAUGUUGGAUGCAAAUUCAAGUCGGCAAAGGGCCUUGGGCUAAUGAAAUAUCUGGAAUAGUUAAGAUUGGCCAGACCAUGACCAUGGUUCUUGCCAUUAAAGAUGAAGAACACAAGUUUGACAUGUUUGUGAGAAACUGUAUUGCCCAUGAUGGCAAGAGUCAGCCUAUUCAAUUGGUUGAUGAAUAUGGAUGUGUGGUAAGACCAAAGAUUAUGAGUGGGUUCCAAAAAAUAAAGAAUUUCGGAACGUCUGCUUCAGUUGCAUCGUAUGCCUAUUUUCAAGCAUUUAAAUUUCCAGAUUCCAUGAAUGUACACUUCCAGUGCGUGAUCCAAGUGUGUAGAUAUGAAUGUCCAGUUCCAAAGUGUGGAGGAGAACUUGGCGGAGGCUAUCUUCCAGCACCACGUGACCCUUCUUUUGGAUAUUCUGAGCCCAAACCCACCUAUACUGAAAACGAAGGUCAGUCUAACCAACAUCUUCCAAGUAAUCCUGGUCCACAAGAACAUUCCAAUGGAGCACCUUCAGUGUUUUUAAAUCGAAACGGCGAAUUGCCUAAUGAAGAAAAUAACAUAACUGUGGGGGGUGGCUACGCUAUUUUUGCAACUGGGGGUUUGCCACGAUCUAGUGACGCUUCCCCAAGGUCUAAUAAUGCUGGAUCCAGACGGAAACGACAGAUACAGGACACUAAAGACAUCCAAACCCAACGUACUAUUCAAGUUGUAGCCCCUGGUGAUGUCGCUUUUAACCUCCCCUUCACUGCCGACAAUGAAAGUGUGGUGGACGUUUACUCUCACCAAGAUGAUUAUACGAGCAGUUCUAUAUGUAUGUCUUUCCCAGGUUUUGCUGUUGGGAUGAUAUUUCUGUUGUUGUUACUUAUUGUAUCUUCCCUGGUGGCAGUUUUUCUGUUUUUCAGAGUACGACAAUUAACAUCGGUUAAGGGACCUCCUAAAGAAAAGGUGAUACCUUAUGAUAAUCCUGAGUUUGUAAGAGUUGUACCAAUGGGUCAUUAA